AACAACGCAAUCCACUUCAGAACUCAUUCUAAAAAUAUCCUUCAUAUAUACGAUUGAUACUUUAACCAAGUACCUUCUUGACAUUAUAAAAGCUGUCUUGUCUUCAGCAAAUAUCAAUCAUUGAAGAUCUAAUUUGUCUGUGUUAAAUUGUUCCGUACUAUCGUGUAAAGCGGAACUUUGUAGCUGUUUCAAGUCGGUGUUUAACCAGAGCGAACUGUGACUGAGAGCACAAUUUCCAGCUUGUAAAGCGUGAUCUCUUCAGAAUAGUCCUGUGCUAAAAUGCAGGAUCCAAAUGCAGACACAGAGUGGAAUGAUAUCCUGCGUAAAAAAGGGAUUCUCCCUCCUAAAGAGAAACAAAAGGAUGAAGAGGAAGUACAGAUUCUACAAACACAGUCCGUCGUGAAAACCUAUGAGGACAUGACAUUGGAAGAACUUCGAGAAAAUGAGGAUGAAUUCAGUGAGGAGGAUGAACGUGCCAUUGAAUUGUACAGGCAGCAAAGGCUAACAGAGUGGAAGGCAUCCCAGUUGAAGAAUAAGUUUGGAGAAAUAAUAGAGAUUUCUGGGCAGGAAUAUGUGAAUGAAGUUAGUAAAGCUGGCCAGGGAAUAUGGGUCGUACUUCACCUUUACAAACCUGGAAUUCCUCUCUGCACUCUGAUAAACCAACAUCUUUCUGCAUUGGCAAAUAAAUUUCCUGCCACCAAGUUCAUUAAAGCCAUUUCUACAACUUGUAUACCUAACUACCCUGAUAGAAAUCUGCCAACUAUCUUUGUCUACUUGGAAGGAGAAAUCAAAGCGCAGUUCAUUGGACCAUUAGUAUUUGGAGGCAUGAAUCUGACAAGAGAUGAAUUGGAGUGGAAAAUUUCAGAAUCUAAUGCAAUCAAGACAGACCUAGAAGAGAAUCCACGAAAGCAAAUAGAGGACAAGCUAAUGACCUCAAUUAGAUGUACCAUCCCAACAAAGAAAGACAGCGAUUCAGAAACAGAGGAUUAGUUUUGAACCAAAUUAGAGUAUUGAUGCUUUUGUUUUGUACAGAAAUAUUUUUACAUUUGGUUGUUCUCUUCUUUUGAAUCCUUUGGCUAUCAUGCCUCAUACAUUUUAAUAAACUAUGGUGCUGUACA